UCCAUGACAUUUCGUGUCCAGUUCGUGGGCGAUUUCAUAACACAAAAAAAUAUUUAAAACAAAUGGAAUAUUUAAAUGAAAACACAGGACAAAAGCCCGACACAAAACGUAUCUCAACAACAGCUAAACUUUUAAUAGCAGCUACCGGCGGCAUAGGAGUUGGUUUAACAAUAGUAUGCGCCUCAUUUGUAGCCCCAGCAUUUCGUCGUUACUGCCUGCCAUAUGUCCCUGCAACCACCGAACAAGUCAACAAUGUUCUAUCUUUUAUUCCAAAGAAUUCAAAGGGAAAACUACUCGAUAUUGGGUCUGGUGAUGGACGAAUUGUAAUAGCUGCCGCCAAACACGGAGUCAAAUCCGAGGGAGUCGAACUUAAUCCUUGGUUGGUUUUAUAUUCCCAAUAUUCAGCAUUGAGGAAUGGAGUUCACAAAAUGACUGAUUUCUUUCGCAGAGAUCUAUGGAAAUUCAAUCUGCAACCAUAUAAUUAUAUUGUAAUUUUUGGAGUCGAACAAAUGAUGAAAGACUUGGAACACAAACUGAUAGCUGAAAGUCAAGUAGAUUGCAAAAUAAUUGCCUGUAGAUUCCCCCUGCCAAAUUCCAAGCCAACCAAAGUUAUCGAAGAUGGUGUCAACACUGUAUGGUUCUAUGAGAUUGCCAAAAAGUCAUAGGACAAACAAAACAGUUUUUUUUUUAAUUUUUUUUAUGAUUUUAUAUAUAUUUAUUGUAUAAUUAAAAUUGUUGCUUAUUGAGUUAAAUACAAAAUUAUAAAUAUUU